CCUCCUCCCACUCCUCCUUCAGUCCCUGCAGCCACGCACACACACAGAGCUGCAGUGCGCAGUAGGACAGUGUUACUGUAACUGCGUGGCCUGCAUCUGACUGGGAUUUCGAGCGACAUAUUCGACAUAAGUGUCCUGUGACAACAAGACGAGAGGAGACGACAUUUACUGUUGACAGAGGAGGAGUGAGAUGAUGGAGAACAAACUCUGGACUGUCCUCUGUGCCCUGCUGCUGCUGCUGACUGUUAACUUGGGAUCCACUGAAGAUGGUAAUGACCAGGCUGCUACCUUACAAAGUGCUCUUGGGGCUGAGGUCGUCACUGGGACCCCAGCUGCAGCCUCUGCGCCUGCUCCGGGCCCGGAACCCACCAGUCAUCCUGCUCCGGCACUUAUCGGCUCUGACACAAACACCAGCUCCAGUGGCACCGGCAGUUUGAGCAGUAACACGACGGAAAUCACCUCUCCGACUCCUCAACCGGAGGAAAAAAACAAUACAAACAUCGCCUCUCCCAUGGUGUCAGUGGUUCCUGAAAACAGUUCGAACCAAACUGAUGAUUUGUCAUCGCAGCCUCAAGCUCUCCCUCCUGUGAGCCAGACCACCACCUCUCAAACCACCACCACCUCCACCUCUCACACCACCACCACAAGCCCACCUCACACGCCUCAUAAUACAUCUGUAAACACAACAACCACCAACUCAUCAAACUAUAUCACAAAGCCACCUCCUGACUCCAUCUCAACCUCAGAGCAGCCGGCCGAACCCACAACACACCCACCCACAACUGCCCCAACACCUGAGCCAACAAAGCCUGAAACUACCAUUACCACCACCACCACCACAUCUACGGCUACCAGCACCCAGUCCAAGUCAACAUCCAGCACCUCCUCCUCUCAAGAGUCCCCCAAUGCUAAAUUGCAGACACCGAAACCUCCACACACAUCACAGUCCCACACAACCCUAGGCCCAGCGAAGUCCACCACCGCCCCUACGAGCAGCUCCACCCCCCAGGCCAAAGCCCGAGCUGACACGCCCUCCCAGCUGAACGUUGGGGGUGACAUUUAUAGAGGAAUGGGCCCUCAGCGAUGUCGUCUGUUUCCUCCAGCAAUGAUGGUCCACGAAUCGCCCACAUUAGACCCUCUCCUAGCCGGCCUGGUGACAGCCUUCAUCAUCACUGCUGUCGUCAUCACUCUGCUCCUCUUCCUCAAACUGCGCCGAAGAGACAACCGACCAGAGUUCCGCAGGCUGCAGGAUUUACCUAUGGAUGACAUGAUGGAGGACACACCUUUGUCCAUGUACAGCUACUAAUGGAGGCAGGAUGGAAAUUGAUGGCACCUAUAAAAACCCUCCUUGAAUGCAGGCUCAUGUUAAAGUGUUUUGACUUAAUCUGCGCCAAACAGAGAGAAUUCUGGGUAGGUGUGAGCAAACUCCUGGCUUGCUUUCAUUUAUCCAGAUCAUUGACAUUUAGGAAAGGACACGAUUGAAGCUGCAAUGGACAAUGAAGACAUCGCCUAUGAUGAUGACCCUUGAGCACGUUCAUUUUAAUGCCUGUAAUUACAAAUUCGGCAAAUGCAUCUUCUCAGUACCGUUUGGUUCAUAUUUUCCAGCUCAUGAUCUGGGGUUGUAUAAUAUAUUUAAAAUUUCCACAGAAAGGAAAAAUGUCUGUGUGAAGCACAAAGCCACAUUGUCGGUUAUAUCCAUCAGUGUGGUGGUAUACAGCUGGACACAGAUUCAGCCAGACUCUUUACCAAGGGAAGCAGAUAUAAUCUCCUCCAUUCAGUUUAUGUUGUAAAGUCUGGUUAGACUGAAGGUCAAUAGCAUCCUGACAGAGAGGCCAGAGAAGAAAAAUGAACAAGAAAAAGACCAAAUGGCCUGACUACAGAGUUAAUGAGGUUGCACUUUACUUUCUGGAGUGGAAAUAAGUCGACAAAUAUUUUUAUGUAUGAGAGAAAGAUAUGUUCUGUGUGUCAGCAUAGAAUAAGAGCAUGGAUGUGUGUUUUUAGGUCUGUGUGCAUAUGCGUGAGUGUCUUAAGGGUGAAUGUAUAAUGUUUUUUGGAGGCAUGGCAGAAUAUAUUUAAACUUGAGUUGAGAUGGAUGUGUUACUGUUCUUUUGUUUCUUUCCUGGAGUCUUCAGCUCAGGAGAGAGUGCCUUACACAACACAGGAUCCGCUUUCGUUGUAAACACUAUUUAUACUGCAACCAACUAACUUCCAGAUUUACCAGUCUUCUCCAGUAUUUCCGUGUGAUUCCCAUCUUAAUACACAAUGAGCACCCGGUUGCUGCUCUGACUUGCCUGUGUUUGAAAGACUAGCCUUGAGCGUGUUCGACAUAGCACUCACUCAUAGCACUCACUCAUACAAUGACAGUUUGCAGACUGAAAUUGGCCAGUGGCCUUUCCUCAGAAUGUUAGCAUUGUCCUGUGCAGUGUAAAUACUACUGAUGACUGUUUCAUGGAAAGACAACUUUGUGAAACUCUUCACUUUUAAUCACUUCUUUACUCUUCACCAGACAGAAACACAUUGACUGCAAUGGCACUCCGUAGAGCGUAUACCUCCACCAAGGCCCAACAGACCCCAUAAAUUCGAUCAAGCGGCACCAAAUUUCUCACACUCAUAGACAUCAGUUCUCUCAAUGUGCCUGACUUCUUUCAUCAAUAACCAUGAAUUUUCCCUUGAGGAAAUGGUGAAAAUGUUGAAAAACACCCCAUCUCACAAAAUACUUGGAUCCACUCCCUGAUCUGGAUUCACAAUAUAAUUGGAUAGGUUCUUCCCUGACAAAUACUGCAUCAUUCCACCAAGUUUUGUGGAAGUUUGUCCUGAGGUUUUUGUGUAAUCUUGCUUAGAAACAAAGGGGACAGGGGUGAAAACAUAACCUCCUUGGCAGAGAUAGAAAUGUUGCAAGGACUGAUGGGACAGCACCUUGCUCCCAGCAGGCGAGCUGUGAACUAUACCAUUGAUUUUUCCGUGUUUUUAGCUUGGCUGUGUUUUCGCUUUGUAAAUGUGCAGGAAAAGAUGAGUGGAAGUUAGACACACACAGGAAGACAGAAGAACCCCAUCAAUACAAAACACACACAGCUCCUAUUUAUUUAAGACUUAGCUCAUGAACUGAUACAUCAAGCUCUUGAAACUUGUUUGGCAUACAAUUUUGUGCAAUGAAAAACAGAAAAUUAACAGAGAAACUCAAUGUAACAGUGCCUUUACCAAAGGUUGAGCCCACACAACAGCUUCAGUGCUCUUUGACACAGAUUAUACUCCCAGUUCACUCACUGGGACUGUCGACUAACAUGCUGGUCCAAAUUCUCCUAUGGUGUUUAGAUGAGUUGAGAUCUGGUGGAUGUGAAUCAUCUUCAUACUUGUCAAACUAUCCAGUGAAUCCAUGUCAAUCGUAUACUUCCAGUAUUAAAGUUAGGGUUGGUAGUAGGUUUCUCAAGCACAUUUUAGCUUAUUUGUGGAAAUCCUUUUCACCACUGACAAAUGAAGUUGUAUGAAGAAUAAAAUGGUUUCUGUGGCCCUUGCAGGACUGUAAUAAAUAUAACAAAUCUUUUCAAACGGACCCAAUGAAGUGAUUGGCUGGCUUACCUGUCUGUCACUAACAGACCGGCCUGAGAGCCGAUAGUCAGACGUUAGCGAGCGGGUCACGGAUAAAAGUCUUCUUCUUCUAGUAGUUGUCAGGCAGUGAUCGUUCAUGUGUUUUGGGGACGUAGCUUUGGCGAGAAUGUAUCAGUUGCUUUUGAUAUCUUUUCUGGAAUUACCAACCCUAGCUUUAAAUGAGACACUCAAGAUUCCCGAUUGAAAGCCAAAGUUGUCUGUAAACUCCUGUAUUUGUUCACUUCUUUAAAUGUCCUAAGUAUCCUGACUGCACACUGAGGCUUUGUUGUCAAACAUGGAAUAUGGACUGUUGAUGUUGUAUGAUUAAAGGUAUUUUGAGACAAAA